UUGAGGAAGUUAUGACGACAGCAGGGUGUUAAGAGUUGCUCAAGUUCAAUAGUUCCAUUCCAGAAAACCUGACAAACUUGUGUCGUAACGUUGACAUGUAAAAUCUACAGUUUUUUUCUGUUUGAGUUGUUAGUUUUUUCUAGAGAUCAACCAAUAUGGGUCUUUUCAUGGCUGAUGCUGAAACCGAUUGUUUAGAAUUAAGAGAAACAAAUGGCCGAUAAGCUCUGUUAGUAUUUUUGGGCUGAUAUGUGAGGUUAUUUUCCCCAAAUUAUGUAAUUUAAAUUCACGACAAACUCGCUCACAACCCCUUUUUACCACAAACCUAUAAAACAGCAGUGUAGUCGCUUUCUGUGCAAUUAUCUCUUCAUAGUAAAGUGUUAAUGUAAAGCUUUGUGUGUUUUUUUAGGCAGCAGGUCGACCAAAACUAAAUAUUGGCCUGCGCUGAAGAUGUAAAGUUAAUUUUUUUGGGCAAUUUUAGGAAGUCAUUGUAUCAGGGUAAUGUCUUAAAAAACUUUUAAAAAUGCUCCUGUUGUGUUGUGUCUGUAGGCCCCAGAUAGCCAUAGCUCAGUGCAUAAUUAUACAUACUGCAUUCUCCAUCUUUAAAAGCUAUCGACAUAACAUUUUUUUCCGUAUCUUCCACCACAUCUGAUGUCCAGCUUAUUGAAGAUCCCUGGGUGGCACAGGAGCAGGAUAGUCAUUGUUAUUAAGUAUUUUCAGUGCCUUUUAAUAUUUAAUGGAAUCAUCUGUAAGAAAAAUCCAAAUGUUAAACCCAAUACUUGUUUAUACAUUCUAUAUUUAUUCAACCAUAAAACAUGUUUUUUUCUGUCUUCUUCGUUUUUAUUUAGUUUGAGUGUUUUGAACAAGCAUACUUAUUAUUUUGGGUUUGGUUUGCGCUAUUCCAAGUAUUGUAAAAAACUGGUUUGUGGAGGCGUGGUAGUAGGAUGUAUUCUACAAAUGUGAUAACACAGUUAGGUGACAUGACACAACCUUUUCUGUCAGUGAUAAACUAUGGCGGUAUGGACAUUGUGGCUGUUCCUUCUUUUCCUUACAGCAGAGUUAAAAGCCCAGGAUUGUGGAGUGGCUCCUCUGAACACGAGGAUAGUAGGAGGUGAGAAUGCUACAGCAGGACAUUGGCCUUGGCAGGUCAGUAUGCACUAUAAAGAGACUCACAUCUGUGGAGGAACUGUCAUCAGUACACAGUGGGUGUUGACAGCAGCUCACUGUAUACUUUCAACAUCAGGUAGUGACUAUCGUCUGUAUUUUGGGAAGGAAACCCAAAGUGGCUCUAAUCCACAUGAAGUGAACCGGAGUGUGUCUCAGAUCAUUGUGCACCCUGACUACAACAGCACAACAUUCCAGAAUGACAUCGCCCUAAUGAAGCUCAGCAACCCCAUCACUUACACUGACUACAUCAGACCUGUGUGCCUCGCAGCCAACUCCAGCCUCUUCUACAACAACACCAAAUGCUGGGCCACUGGCUGGGGCCGCCUCUCCAAAGAUGAACCUUUGGUUGGAUAUGACAGAUUGCAGGAGGUGCAAAUUCCCGUGAUUAGAAACAAUCUGUGUUCUUGUUACUACAGCUAUGUUCAAGAUUCUAACAUCACAUCCAACAUGUUAUGUGCCGGAGAAUUAGGAAAAGGAGUCUGCCAGGGUGACUCGGGUGGGCCUUUGCAGUGUAAACAAGGCUCACAGUUUAUCCAGGCUGGGCUCGCCAGUUUUGGGAUCCCCUGUGCACUUGGUAUCCCAGAAGUUUUUACCAGAAUCUCUGAAUUUCAAUCCUGGAUCACAGGUCAAUUAGCUGGGACAAAGGUUUCAUUUGUUAAAUUCACCUCCAAUGGCACUGACCCAGACAGCAGCAUUGUGUGUCCUGUAUUAAAUUUGAACACAACCACAGCCCCAUCAUCAGAGCUGUCAUUCACUGCCCUUGUCUCAGUGAUUUUACUGCUGUCUCUAAAGUUACUUUAAGCUUUCAAUUAGAAAUGUUUAUGCUGAUUAUACAUGAUUAAUGUUUUAUUUAUUAUUAAUAAUAAUGCCAAUAAAUUAUUGAUGCUGACAUAACAAAACAUACUCACCUGAUUAAAAACCCUGCAUUUUUGGAUUCAGUGUUGUGUUGUUUCCUAACUUGCAUUAUGUUAUACUUCUGACUACUAUAGUAUAGUAGUGUCGGCUGUGGAAUAAUUCAGCAUCUGAUACGAAGCAUGCAGUAUUCAGACCACUUCAACAGAACUCUGAAUUCUUGUUGUAGUCAUUGCACAUCUUUUUAUGUGCCAUCACCUGCUUUAAAACCAUAUUAAAA